AAACUUCCAACUAUUUCAAAUCUUUUCUUUCUUAUAUUUAUGUUCACCUCAACUCACAUUUCUCCCACAAACAUCCUCUUCAUCUUCACGAGUUUAAUAACCUUCAAAUCCUCUGUUUCUCUGUUACCUUAACAAAUAAAAAACCUCACUUUCUGCUCAUUUAUUGCUGCAUACCUGUUGUGUCCACUUGUUUGUCAGUUCAUACAUUCUGUUGUUUACUUUCACCAUUUUUGCUCCUUUUUUUUUUUUUACUUGUUUUUACUUGUAAUGUAACUUCUUCAUCUACUGUCAACAUUAUUACCCAGUUGUUUUAAUCUCUUCAAAAUCAUUUCUUUUGCUAUUUUCUCACAUGGGUGUUCGCUAAUUUCUCAUUUCAUAACUGUUUUUGGAAAAUGCCCAUUUGUUUUAAUCUGUUCUAGAACAUUCCUACUGUGAUUUUCUGAGAUGGGUUUGCGUUAGUUUUUACUCAACAGUUGUUUUCCGGUGUUUUUGGUGAUGCCCAUUUGCCUAAACUUGCGUUAAACCAGUUUUAUUGAUUUUUUCAGCUAUGGAUUUUCGCUAAUUUCUCUUUUUCAGAGUUGUUUUUCUGUGUUUUUGGGAGAUGCCCAUUUGCUCAAACUUGUUCUAGAGUAUUCUAAAUCAAAUUUGUGAUAAUGGGUCUUCGCUAAAUUUGUUGUUUUUGUGUUAAAAAUCUUAGUUUUCUUGAAUUUGAGGUGGGUUUUUUUUUUUUUUUUUUUGAGUGAUUUAGCUUGUGAAGUUAGACCAUGUAAUUGAUCCUUGAGAUAUAGUUCCACUUUGAUAUUGUGUAUUUGAGUAGUUUUUUUUUUUGGUGAGUGGUUGUUGAUCAGGUCAUUUUAUUGGUGCUAAUUGAGGUGCAAUUUUUGAUGGGUAUGAAGUGUGUUGCAGUUAGCCCCUAGUUGUGAGUUUAGUUGAUGGAAUUUGCUAAUCUACUCCGCUAAUUAUCAUCCUCCUAUAUUUUGCCAUGAACUUAACUCGCUAAUCUUCUUUGUCUAACCUAGUUAUGGAGCUCAAGUAAGCAAUAGAAACUUGUUAGCUCUUAAAUCAAUUUGAUCAAGUACUAUUCUUUCAUUCAUUUAUAGGUUCAGGUUUACUAAGAUGUAAGCCUCUCCAAUUUUACACUAUCCAAUGAACCAAAAAUUUUGUUGCCUAAAUAAUGAUUGCUUAUCAAUAGCUUUCUACCCAUGAUUAUCUGGGAAGUAUCUUUUUUCAUGGAAACUUGAUUAUAGUAUCCGCCUCUCGAGUCACUUAGAACUAUUGAGUGAGUUUAGGCCUUGUGUUAAGUAUAUCCUUAAAAGGAAGGAGGGAGGCUCGUGGGGCUCGUAAACUUGAUUGAUCAUGGAGGAAACCUUUGUUCCCUUUCGCGGAAUUAGGAAUGAUCUCAAAGCAAGACUUCUUUGUUACAAGGAAGAUUGGACUGGAGGACUUCGUGCUGGAAUUCGGAUUUUGGCUCCAACAACUUAUGUCUUCUUUGCUUCCUCAAUUCCAGUCAUAUCUUUUGGUGUACAGCUUGAAAGAACAACUGAUGGAUCUUUGACUGCAGUUCAUACCCUAGCUUCAACUGCUGUAUGUGGCAUUAUCCAUUCGAUCAUUGGAGGACAGCCGCUGCUCAUUCUAGGGGUAGCUGAACCGACAGUUCUAAUGUAUACAUUUAUGUACAACUUUGCCAAGGAGAGGAAAGAAUUGGGACACAGGCUAUACUUGGCCUGGACCGCCUGGGUAUGCGUAUGGACAUCCCUUCUGCUUUUCCUGUUGGCCGUAUUGGGAGCAUGCUCCAUUAUCAAUAGAUUUACACGCAUAGCUGGUGAGCUAUUCGGACUGCUCAUUGCAAUGCUCUUCAUGCAGCAGGCAAUUCGGGGAGCUGUAGAGGAGUUCCGUAUACCUGAGAGGGAAAAUCCAAACCAGACUGCAUUUCAUCCUUCUUGGCGUUUUGGCAAUGGAAUGUUUGCAUUGGUUCUGUCCUUUGGCCUUCUUAUAACUGCAUUAAGAAGUCGUAAAGCUAGAUCCUGGCGUUAUGGUACAGGUUGGCUACGUGGGCUUAUUGCGGAUUAUGGUGUCCCAAUUAUGGUGCUGGUAUGGACUGCUAUAUCUUACAUACCAGCUCAUGAUGUUCCAAAAGGGAUUCCUAGGCGUCUUUUCAGUCCAAAUCCGUGGUCUCCUGGUGCUUACUCAAACUGGACUGUCAUCAAGGACAUGCUGAAUGUCCCUGCACUGUACAUUGUUGGAGCAUUUAUCCCAGCCACCAUGAUUGCUGUUCUCUAUUAUUUUGAUCAUAGUGUUGCUUCUCAGUUGGCCCAACAAAAGGAGUUUAAUUUGAAGAAACCUUCCUCAUAUCAUUAUGAUCUCCUUCUCCUUGGUUUUCUGGUCAUUUUUUGUGGUCUUAUUGGUAUCCCCCCCUCAAAUGGAGUUAUUCCUCAAUCUCCCAUGCAUACAAGAAGCUUGGCUACGCUCAAACACCGGCUGAUGAGGAACAAGCUUGUAGUAGCAGCAAAAAAUAGUAUUGAGAAGAAUUCAAACUUGGGUCAGUUAUACAAAAGCAUGCAAGAAGCUUACAAUGAAAUGCAGACUCCUCUUGUCUAUCAGAUACCACCGUCUUCUCUGGGACUCAAGGAAUUGAAAGAAUCAACAAUUCAGAAGUUUUCAAGUAAUGGUGACAUUGACGCACCAGUUGAUGAAACUGUUUUUGAUGUAGAUAAGGACAUUGAUGAUCUUUUACCCAUUGAAGUAAAAGAACAACGUCUCAGCAAUUUCCUUCAGGCGAUAAUGGUGGGUGGCUGUGUUGCAGCUAUGCCUGUCUUAAAAAAAAUCCCUACAGCAGUUCUUUGGGGAUACUUUGCGUUCAUGGCCAUUGAAAGCUUACCAGGAAAUCAGUUUUGGGAUAGAAUAUUGUUACUCUUCACUGCUCCUGGUCGACGAUAUAAGGUGCUUGAGGAGCAGCAUGCAACUUUCAUUGAGACAGUUCCCUUCAAAACGAUUGCACUCUUUACGAUCUUUCAGACUGUAUACUUGCUGCUGUGUUUUGGCAUAACAUGGAUCCCAGUGGCAGGAGUUCUUUUUCCCUUGUUGAUUAUGCUUCUUGUUCCAGUUAGGCAGUAUCUUUUACCCAGAUUUUUCAAGGGAGCCCAUCUUCAGGAUUUGGAUGCAGCUGAAUAUGAGGAGGCACCUGCCAUUACCUACAAAAUGUCGUUUCAAGGUCAAGAUCCACAAGCUUCUGUGACUAAGAUAGAAAAUCGGGAAUUCCUUGAUGAAAUUAUGACAAGGAGUAGAGGUGAGAUCCGCAACAUUCAAAGUCCAAAGAUAACCAGCACUACCCCGGUUUCCCAAGAGAAUUUGAGGCAUGCUUUUAGCCCCGGGAUGUCUCAGAGAUUACACAGUCCUCGAAUUACUGAACUGAGGAAGGGGAAAAGUCCUGGAAUGAGCCCAGAAGGGGUUGAGAUAAUGGAGGUCCCCAGUCCUCAACCUUCGCUGCUUGGAAGAAAUGGUCAUGCAUCAUCUUCGAGCUAAGAAGCCUAUUUCUCUACAUACUAUAGCUGUUUGUGAAAGUGCUUGAGAGGCGUAUUAAUAUAUACCAUUAUAUUUAGUGCUUAGUGAUUCUAAUUCUAACAGUCAUAUCUGUGUGGCUUUUCUGUUGUAAUGAUAUGUCAAAAAGAUGAUGGAUAGACAUACUUAUGGAAAUGAAGAAGCAUUUAUCAAAAUUUUCUCUCUA